AGAAAGAGAGUGCCGAGAGAAAACCCGGUCGCCCAACUCGCGCGCGCGCGGCUGCGAUAGAACGGGGUCGUUGUAGCCUGUCCGAUCACCUCCUCUCUGCUCUCUUCGUCAGUGACGGUUUUGCUCAUUGUGCGGCAGUGCGUUCUCUUUGAUACGUGACAAGUGUUACGUCGACGGCAAACCGGGUAGUCCAGGCUACCAGCGCGCGGCCAGGAUGAUAUGAGCACGCUUGGCAGACUGAGGAUGUCCUCAAAGAGGAAGUCGCCACCAACGAAGCUAUCGGAGGGCGGGGGCGGUGCGGGUACAGUGGCAGGCGCCAACGAGGAGGAGGAGGAUACGACCUCGCCGGUAGCCGGUUCCGGUGGCGAGGCAACCGUGGGUGAGGAGGGUGCCGCCACCCCGGUCGACAUCGAGGAGUGCUACUCCCAUCAGAGAGGCGGCGAGUGCGAGUCGUCCGGCUGUUCAUCGCCGGCGACUACCAGCGAGCCGGAUCUACGUGACUCGCCAUCGCCCUCGUUGAAUUCCCUGCGGACGAUCAAGCGGCAGAGGUUGCUGUUCCUGUCGAACCAGGAGACCCUCCCGCCUUACCACCCCCAUCAUCACCAUCACCACCACCACCACCAUCACCAUCACCACACGAACACGAACACGUCUUCGUCGUCGGGCGGUGUACUGGAACCGGCGAGUUCCUCGGAGUGCGGCUCGCCGCCUACCCUCCUCUCCGUCGACCCUUACUAUCCCCAUCACCCGCACCACAACAACAACAACAACACCGUCACGCAAAACAACAACAACAACAACAACAACAACAACAACAAUAACGGCAGUGGCACCGCCACCACCGGCAGCAAGAGAUCUAUGGACGACGUUCUCAAAAGGCUAACCUGCAAGAUGAACAGCGAGUCCCUGUCCAUCCAGGAUGACACCACCAACACCAGGCGGACGUCACCGCCGCUCUCUUCCACGCCGACUGGCCACAAUGCGCAUAGCGGAGGCACGACCACCGUAGCAAAUAACGUGGCUCUCUCGCCGCCGGGUGCCGGAAGGUUAUCAAACACGGAGGCGCAGCAGGUACAGCAGGACGGCGUGGCGGCCCUUCACAGGGUCCUCUGCGCCGAGAGCUUCGCCGAGAAGGAGCGUCGACUGUCGGAGAUGAUCCUGCAACUGCAACUCAUCAGGGAGCAACUGCUGCAGCAGCAGGAUCAGUCGAAGUCGUAUCCCGCUCACAUGACGGUCGACUCGCAGAAGCAAAUCGAGAUGCAGCGGCUGCAAACGGAACACUUGAAGCGGCAGCAAGAGCACAUCAUGCAGCACAACAUCCAGGAACUGCAGGCUCAGAUGACAAAGAGUCAGCUGAGCAUGUCGGGGCCGCAGUCGUUGAUGUUCCUGCCGUUUCUCGAGCAGCUCAGAGGACUGCCCGUGCAGUCACCCAUGCCCCCGCCGCCGGCCACGUCGACCGCCACCACCGGCAACAAGCACAUCAACUCCAUCGCCAACAUGAUCAGCAGUCAUCGGGAAGGCCCGAGUUGGGCGACCGCGCACCUCGCGCAGAUAACCACGCAGAUGGAGAAGGAGUCGUCACCGGCGCCGAUCUCAUCCGCCGUAGCGCCGACGGCCCCGCCUCUUCAGGAUCUCGACGCUCCGUUGAACCUCACGAAACCGAAGUCCUCGUCCUCGGGCGCCACGGCGUCCUCGUCGCCCGGCAGCGACUCGCACUCGACCGGCGCCGGGAGCAGCGGCCAGCAGGAGCAGCCGUUGGCGGCGACAGCUCCCAAACUUUUCCCACCGGGGCUGCCGAUACCACGGAAUUACCUGCCGACGCUCCCUUACGCCGGCCUACCGCCGCAUCUCAGCACCCUGUCGUCGCCGAUGGGCAAGGUAAUGGCCAAAGACGAAGCCGGCGGACCAGGAGGAUCCGUGGCGGCCGCUGCGGUCGCGGCCGUAGAAAAGCACUUCGCGAUGCAUGGACUUUACGGGCUGCCGCCGAGCGCGGGCGCGACCGUCGGACCGUCGGCCCAGACCCAGCGACCGAUCAAGCAUUCUGGCUCUCGGGAGGAGACGCCUCAGGAAGAGCAGGAUUUCCUCUCGACGCCUCACAUGUGGCGAGACCCGGCAUAUAAAGUAGCGGAGGACAUAACGGAAAAAGCUAAAAUGGUGAGACAGCAGAAAAGGGAGGGUGAGAAUAAACCACAUAUCAAGCGACCUAUGAACGCGUUCAUGGUGUGGGCCAAGGACGAACGUAGGAAGAUCUUGAAAGCCUGCCCAGACAUGCACAAUUCGAACAUAUCGAAAAUUCUUGGCGCCCGAUGGAAAGCAAUGUCGAACUCGGAGAAGCAGCCGUACUACGAGGAGCAGUCGCGGCUGUCGAAGUUGCACAUGGAGAAGCACCCGGACUACAGGUACCGGCCGCGGCCGAAGCGCACGUGCAUCGUCGACGGCAAGAAGAUGCGCAUCUCCGAGUACAAGUCGCUGAUGCGGCAACGACGGCAGAACAAUAUCCGGAUGUGGUGCGGCGUACGGGACGGCGGCCCCGAGAUGGGCUUCUUGUCGCCGGUGGGCGCCGACCUCGGCUCACAGCAUCAUCCGGGCGCUGGUGCCGGUCCAUCGGCGCGCCCGUCGGUCUCGCCGCCGGCGACGAUGCUGAACGGCAGCGGCGGCGGUGGCGGCGGUGGCGGCGGCGGCGCCGGCCCGAGCUCGGACCACCCCUCGUUUUAUUACCCGCAGGACAGUCUCUCGCCUACGGACAUGAUGAACUUCUCGCCCGAGAACUCGGGCUCGAUCGGCGGCUACGACGCGAGUCCGCGGCAUCACGACGAAGAUUGAACCGUGGCUCCGGGUCAGCCACUUUGGCCGCCCGGAGCAUCAUCGUCAUCCCCAUCGGCAGCGGCGGUGGUGGCCGCCGCCGCCACAGCCGCCGCGGCUGCGUCCACGUCGAGGCUCGCUCAUGAGCUCUUCUGGUAACCGGAAUCGUCCGUCUCACGCUGCGGCACGCUGUGCCUCGAGACAGCCACGAGCCGCCGCGAGUGCCGUGAAGUCACAGACCGCGACGUCGUCGUGCCUGAAGACACGAAGACGCGGGUCGGAGCGGCGCUACCCGCGCGACCAACGGACUACUCGGAGAAGAGGACGCGCCGCUCUUCCCGGCGAAGAGCCGGCCGCGCCUCGUGACCUCGCCGGAGGUUGUGAUAUAAACGUUCUAUCUCUCUGUGCCAUCGUACACGAAACGCGAAGGACUUGCCCGCGAGGCAGAGGCGCGAGGCACAUGCCAUGUCCACCUGUGCUUGCUGAGAGCCCGCCCGAUCGUCGUGACGUCGCUCGAUCGUCACUCGUCCUUGGCCCGUGCUCGACCUCGCGACGCGACUCCAUUUUCUCCCGGUGCACCGACGACGAAAGCUCUCGACUCCACGUGUAUAUCUGUUGCUCCCGUCUGAAUUUGCGCGCCCGCUCCCCCGCGUCCGUCGAGCCUCCCUCGUUAGCCGUUCGCUCUCUCGAGCACCUCCAAACGAAACACCCGUCGGUCUCUCGCGGCCUUUCAACAAUUCCGCGACAAUUCCGAGCCCACGCCGACGACGUUCAAUCAUUUUCUACGGAACCGACAUCCACGAGCCGUCGUAGUCGUCGUAGUCGUCGUCGUCGUCGUCGUCGUCGUCGAGCCGUCCAAUAUGGGCGUUCUGAAAUUCCGCCGGGACGUCAGCGUCGAGAGCGACGACGCCUGUCGCCCGGUUUUUCUUCUGCUUUCGUACACUUGCGCGACGAUAUCGCAGCGACGUCUCGCACAUGCGCCGCGGCGGGACUCUCUUUGCAUUCUCUCUCAUCGUAAUCAAAACUGCAGUCCAUGCGAGAAACGCACGAUAAGCCGCGAUCACAACGGUAGCUGAACGUGUAGAUAUAUACGAUCGGCCGAUAGCGAGACGUUGAAGCUCGCGGAUUCGGUUGCGCUCUCGGGCGCGAGACGAGGGCGAGGGAUGCACACACGCGCAUUCGCACGAUUUUUAUAUAAGACAAUCGCUUCGGCGCGCCGCCGACUCGGACGCGACUCUCGUGCCGAUCCCCUUUGAUCGGAUACUUCGAUACGUAGCGACAUUACGUAACACGUUGCGACACGAUGCAUGGCCAAAAAGUCUUGUUCCUAUUCCUUCUAGUGUGUGUAUGUGUCUCUAACGAUACGCCAUUCCGGUCGCGGACGUAUUGAGCAAGCAAAUGGAAAAAAAAAAGGGAGAAAAAGGCAAAAAAAGAAAGACGACGACGUAGAGAUUAAAAAAGUGUGGUCUAAACAGCGCAUCCCCCGCAACGACCGCGCGCGUCCGGACGCGUGGACGCGCACGUGGCAUUCUCUGGAUACCUACCUGUCUACCUAGCGGCCGCCAGUCCGUUGUCUCUAAUGUGCAACCACCGUAUCUAACGACUGCGUUCGGUGCGCCGCGGCCGCCGAAUCGCCGGUCGCAACCAGAGUGAGAAACGACAGAAAAAGAAAAGAAAAAAGAAAGAAAAAGAAAAAGAAAAACACGUUAGAGGAUAAUCGCCCGGGCGACUUGCCCCGCGCGUGGAAACGCGUGAGGGAAACGAC